AACAACCAUUUCGUUUAAUUCAAUCCGAUUUACACAGUGGCACUGAACGACGCACAUGAUAUUAUUAUUAUUUUAAAAUGACAUCCCUUAAAGCGCAACCCACUACGCUUAAGAGAUCAGAAGCAGCCGUGUUGUUAUUCUCAUAGAGCCAGUGGGGCCCACUGUGACUGUGGUCGAUAGGUUGUUUCCCUUUUAAGAGCGUAGUAAAUGGACUGAGAGUGGCAUUUCGGCAACGGUAGAACCCUAACAAUGCUAGCAUAUAACAGUUGGUCAUAAAAUCCGUUUUACAAAAAAUAUAUAAAUAAAGAAAAAUAAAAAAACAAAACCAGCUACCAGAGAAGACGUCAGCCAAACCAGCUCAGGUGCUGUGGGUGAAGGUCAAGGAUUUUCAGCUGUCGUUGGAUUCAGAAAUGCCAGUCGCAUCUACAAGUUCUGGUUCUGCAAUGCAACAAGUCCUGGAUACCCUGAGUGACACCACAAACUCCACGGGAGCCAAUGAUUUGGACCUCAUCUUCCUGAAGGGGAUCAUGGAGAGCCCAAUAGUAAGAUCUCUGACGAAGGCCCAUGAGAAGCUGGAGGAGACGAAGCUGGAAGCAGCGGUGCGAGACAACAAUCUGGAGCUGGUCCAGGAAAUCUUGCAGGACAUCUCCCCGCUGGUGGGAAAGAACACCUCUGCCUCGGAGCUGGCACGCAUCCUGAAGGAACCGCACUUCCAGUCUCUCUUGGAAACUCACGACACUGUGGCCUCUAAAAACUUCGAGACCCCGCCCCCUAGCCCCUGUGCCUUCUUGGACACAGCCCUCAACAACCAGCCCGUCCCACCUGACGCGGUGCGCAUGGUGGGCAUUCGCAAAGUGGCCGGGGAGCACCUGGGAGUGACAUUCCGCGUGGAGAGCAGCGAGCUGGUGAUCGCCCGCAUCCUGCACGGAGGAAUGAUCGACCAGCAGGCUCUGCUGCACGUGGGUGAUAUCAUCAAGGAGGUGAACGGGAAGGAGGUGGGCAACGACCCCAAGGUGCUGCAGGAGAUGCUGAAGGAGGCCAGUGGCAGCGUGGUGCUCAAGAUCCUGCCCAGCUACCAGGAGCCUCACCCCCCACGCCAGGUGUUCGUGAAGAGCCACUUCGACUAUGACCCCGCCCAUGACAGCCUGAUCCCCUGUAAGGAGGCGGGGCUAAAGUUCAACUGCGGAGAUAUCCUGCAGAUUGUCAACCAGGAGGACCCCAACUGGUGGCAGGCGUGCCAUGUUGAAGGAGGGAGUGCUGGCCUCAUCCCCAGCCAGCUACUGGAAGAAAAGAGAAAAGCGUUUGUGAAACGAGACCUUGAGCUCACAGCUACAACAGGUGCGUUGUGUGGAGGAAUUAGCAGCAAAAGGAAGAAGAAAAUGAUGUACCUCACAACUAAGAAUGCAGAGUUUGACCGCCACGAGUUGCUGAUCUAUGAAGAGGUGGCCAAGAUGCCACCAUUCCGCCGGAAAACUGUGGUCCUGAUCGGAGCCCAGGGGGUGGGCCGUCGCAGCAUGAAAAAUAAGCUGAUGGUGUCGGACCCCGCCCGAUAUGGGACCACCAUCCCCUACACGUCUCGGAGGGCCAAGGAUGACGAGACGGAUGGGCAGAUGUACUCGUUUGCCUCGCGCAGCGAGAUGGAGCAGGACAUCAAGAACGGCCGUUACCUCGAGCAUGGAGAAUAUGACGGGAAUCUCUACGGCACCAAGAUCGACUCCAUCCAUGAGGUGAUCGAAGCAGGCAAGAUCUGCACCCUGGACGUCAACCCCCAGGCUCUGAAAGUGCUCCGAACAUCCGAGUUCCUGCCCUAUGUGGUUUUCAUUCAGGCUCCGGAUCUUGAAGUUCUCCGCACCAUGAACAAGGCAGCCAUCGAAGCCGGCGUGGUGACCAAGCAACUUACGGAAGCCGAGCUGAAGAGGACCAUAGAUGAGAGUGGCAGAGUCCAACGUGCUUAUGGCCACUACUUCGACCUGACCAUCGUCAACGAUAACCUAGAGAGCUCCUUCCGUAGCCUGCAGGGGGCGCUGGAGCAGCUCAACAAAGAGCCUCAGUGGGUCCCUGUCAGCUGGGUGUUCUAAGGCAGCCGGGGGCGGGGGGACUGGGGGAGGGGCAGGCUCAGGCCGAGGUUAUAGGGACCUACUCCUGAUUGGCUGGGCUAAUGCAGCAUUGUAAAACAGCGGCAGUUUUGUGAAUUUUGCUGGUAUACCGUGUCAGUUUGCAUCGCUACACACUAGGAGUGAUAACACACACACCAGGUAUGUCAGUACAACUCCAUAGGAACCACGGCGAUUUCUCUCGUAUAACGUUCUACGCAAGCAUAGAACAAGGUAAUUUAUAUAGUUUAGCAUAGAGCACAGUGACAGCGUCCAUGUUCUUCCUUAUAUUUACUGUAAAUACGAGAGGUCAUGUUUACAUGUUGAUUCUAGUCUGAACUCGUCAUUCCAGUAACUACUGGUAGCAGUGUCACAAGCAGCACAAUACCAGUUCACUUGAAUGCAUUUCCCCUGUGCAUGGAAAACACCCUAUGCAGAUUGAUUAUGGAAGACAAUGCGGCUGGCAUUGAAUCUUCUAAUUAUAGCACGAAAUAAAACAAAAAGAGAAAUAACUGUGUUCUGAAAUAAAAAUAAAAAUUGGUAGAAGGACAGCGGUACAAUAUUGAAAAUACGUAAUUUUAAAUGGUAAUUAUAGACAAGCCACUGUGCCUCUAGCAAUGUAUUAGGUCAAUGCACCGAUUGUCCAAAAAAAUGCCUUUGACUGUCAGUGAUGAAAACUUGCCAUGGUCACUUUGACUCACACUUACCAGCUGUACCUGUUAGAAUUACAUCACUGCCAUGCCAAAACCAAUGAGAAAACACUUCCCCCUGGUGGUCGGAGACUGAAUACCCCCACUCCCCACCCCUCCCACCCAACUGACUUUCGCUAAUUUUUUACAAAUUCCUUUUUAAAACUUUGUUUUUAUUGUAUUUUUAACUUUGUAAAAAAAAUAAAAUAAUAAAAUAAAAAAAAAAGAAAGAGUUCUCUAUAUCUGUAUCUUGUAAAAGAUGUACCAGAGUAAAAUAAGGGGGUGUGGGUGUGGGUGUGGGUGUUGGUGUGGGGGCGGGGUUGUAAUUUAUCUCUUGAGUAGAUUACUCUGCAAAGGGUGCGUAUCCGGAACAAGGCCAAACCAUGGACCUCAAGUAAUGCCUUUGUGUCACAGAUUUGAAUUGACGUUUUCUUGAUGUACAUGUCUCGGUUAAAGUUAAGAAGUCAGUUCAUGAAGAGUGCAAGGUAGUAGAAUUGUAUAUUAUCUUGUUGUCUUACAUAUUCUAGCAAAUUUUGUCACGUACAUUUGUCAAACACUUGUCACAUUUUGAGAGACCAUCAGCCAAGAGUACUUAAAGACGUCUGUACAGUUUUAAGUGUUUUUUACGUUUCAAACUAGAACUUUGUUUAAAUGUUGCACAUACCAACCGAAAAAAGGCAUCCAUCCCUCUCUUCAUAUUUCUGAGCUUUAACAAAUAUGUGAUUCAUACAUAUGUAUAUAUGUAUAAAGAGAGAGAGAGAGACUUGUUACAAGAUUACAUUCCCAAAACCAGGUUAAGACAGAUUUACAGAAAAAAGGUGAGAAAUCAGUAUUGUAUCAACAGAACCCAGAGCCCCUCUGAACAAUUAACAACAGCAUAAAAUAGAGUACGAAGGGAAAUGUAAGAUUUUUAUAUUUGAUUAUUUCUAUAUAUCUAAGUGUAAUCCAUUUUCGUUUAUGGUUCGCGGUCUAAGAAGCUUUUGAUAUGGUUUGUGUUAAAUAUAGUAAUCGAGGGGUACUUUUACAGUGUGUGUGCGUGUGUGCCUACAGUAUCAAAUGACACAGUAAUUAAACUAUAACAAUGCGGUUUUCUGAGGUAAGCCAAUUUUGGUUGGGCUUCAGAACACAACCUGAUUAAGUUCAUUAAUAAUUCAUUCAUUCAUAAAUUAUGAGUAGGAUGGUGAUUCAAACCUUGGAAUUUCAUGUGGUAUAAACAGAGUAUCAUUUAAAAAUUAAACAAAAACAUUAUUAAUUAUCCCAAGUGUGAGUUCAAUCAAAAAAUACAGUGCUGAUAUAUGACCCACACUGACAUGUGAAACUAAACAGCCCUUUAACUGUGACCUGCAAAUAUUAAAGCCUAUAGUCUCCACUGUGGGAAAACUGCAGACAAAUUGCUCGCUCCAUAGGAAAUGAAUGACGUUGGCAAUUAGCCGAUAGUGGACCUGCCAUGAAAGAGCUUAAAAUUGUUUUAUAUGUGGUUGAACGAGGUUGAGGUUUUUUUAACAACCAGCAGUAGCCCUUUCAGUGUACCUGGCAGGUCAUUUUGCAGAUGUCUUCUUUAGUUUCACCUGCAUGCCUUCCACCUUGUGCUGGAUCUUUGUUUCAAACAGUGAAAAUUCAACAUUUUGGAGGCGAGGUUGUGGAAGCUGAUAGUUAUUAAAAAUGGUUAGUGGCUGCAAAGAUGUUUUUUGUGUCAUUUCAGUUUAUGAAAACCGUGCAUAUUGAAAAAUUAACUUGAUGGCAGCUAUGACCGCCACAUAGGAAAGAAAACAAAAAAACAAAAAAAGAAAUAUAUAUAUAUAUAAGGCAUUUUUAUAUAAUUAUUUCAAACAUUUUCUUUUUUUUCAGUUUGUUCUCUGUAAAGAAGAUUAGACUAGACU